AUGAUACCCCUUCUCCGCACUUUCGCUACUCCCACCACUCCCAAGUCAAGCUCCCGCAUUUCAUCGCAUAUGACACCCUGGACCCUUCUCACUUUCGCUGCUCCCACCACUCUCAAGUCAAGCUCCCGCAUUUCAUCGCAUAUGACACCCCCCCAGACUUCUCUGCACUUUCGCUGCUCCCACCACUCCCAAGUCAAGCUCCCGCAUUUCAUCGCAUAUGAUACCCCUUCUCCGCACUUUCGCUACUCCCACCACUCCCAAGUCAAGCUCCCGCAUUUCAUCGCAUAUGACACCCUGGACCCUUCUCACUUUCGCUGCUCCCACCACUCCCAAGUCAAGCUCCUGCAUUUCAUUGCAUAUGACACCCCUUCCCUGCACUCCGCACUUUCACUGCUCCCACCACUCUCAAUCAAGCUCCCGCAUUUCAUCGCAUAUGAUACCCCUUCUCCGCACUUUCGCUACUCCCACCACUCCCAAGUCAAGCUCCCGCAUUUCAUCGCAUAUGACACCCCUUAUACUUCUCUGCACUUUCGCUGCUCCCACCACUCCCAAGUCAAGCUCCCGCAUUUCAUCGCAUACCCCUUCCCCCCAUUGAACGCACCCUUUCUCACCACUCGGGGAUCUUUGGGUCACUAUUUCUUCGCAUCCGCUGUCAUGCUCGCGUCCAAGGUUAUUUACAUCAAAGGGAUCUUGGAAGCACGAGGUCGGCUGUUCAUUAAUUUCACUUCCAAGUGGAUACACGAUGGUUAUAUUAUGUUUCUGAUAAGGCGCCGAUUUAAAGCUCCAAACACCAUGCCUCAGCAAGCCCAAGGCGAAGACUUCACUCAAGAUAUUGAGAACGUAGAUAGCAGCCCUAGCGCUGACUCGGGAGAUUCUGACAGUGACCAGUCCAAUGACGAUUCAGAUUUACUGCGUGUUCGUGCUGCAAUUGCAGCACCUCCUGUCAAUGCGUCAGCUGAAGAUCUUCGUAAGGCAAGUCUUUAUUUUGCACUCGAAAUUGCGCAAAGGCUACUUCUAGACAUGCGAGGAAAGUACCGGGAGAGUCUGAAGAAGAACUCUCUCCUCGAGGCCACUCUUUCAAAAGGUCGGAAGACAAAACUUACCAACAAGGACCUUGCACUCGCCGCCAAGGAAGAUACCAUCAAGAACUAUGGACGCAAGUUUUCUGUAACGCACUGCCUCUGGGUCGAGACCACCAUUUUCCCCUUGCGUGCGCCACCCCCCAACAUAGACCUCACAAGCAAAGAGCGGUGGCUCUCUCCAAUAUCAGUACAGGACGGUGUCAAAGCCGAACUCUUUCUUUUCGUUCUGCCAGCGGACCACAGCAUGAUGGCACAUAGAAACUUCGGUUCCCAUUUUGUCAAAGGGAUCAAUAGUGUUCGUGCUGAGAUGGUCUCAGACGUUAAGUCGUGCGCAGCCGCGAUUUUUGGUCUCGACGCAAAGUUCUUCAUACGAGGGUAUGCACGGGAUUCAGAGCCUGCAUGUCGCGCCUUGCUCCUUAACCCUCAAGGUGCAUACACGAAGUUUGCGCCGGUGCUAUUUCCUCGUCCAGACCAUAUGUCCCGAGACGACUUUCUGAAAACGUCAAAGCUCGUUUAUAUCCUCAAAGUAUCACUUUUCGGCCGAUCCUCACUGGCUGCCAAUGCGCCUCCAACACCCAAAACGAAAGCGAAGAUAUGGGAACUACGUACCAUCACUCCAGGUCUCAUCGCGGCAGCGGCGAUUGUUGCUAUAUUUAUUCUUUCCGGCGACAAAGAGCUAGUCGAGAUAGGCGAAAAAUCCCGAAUCGCAUACAAGGAGUACCACAACUACUAUCGUCAAUCCUUGAUGACCGGCGGUGCCUGGGCAGCUAGCAUCUACUCGUUCUUCAACAAUUCCCUUUUCACUACUUCUCCCUCUGCAGCUACUCUCCUCAGCUCAGACUUAGGGGACGAGAGAGGUCCGCACGAUACAUGGGAACAGGAUUUUGAGCGCGCGAUGGAAAUGGGGGGUGAUCUCACUGCCCCACCUUCAACUGUCAGUAUAUCUGCGGCUAUGCAAGGUCUUGAUGUGUCAGAGGACCGCGAGCUACCACCUACAGAUGCACUCCAUGAAGGCUCACAGCCACCUGUGGGAAUGCAUAUUGACGAGCCUAAUAUUAGUGCUCUCGUUCAAAAGCCCAAACCCAAACCCAAGCCAAGGCGCAAAACUAAGGCUGGUGCUGGUGCUGAGGAUUUGUCGGGUGCUGCUGACGAGGAUCUGACAACUAUUCCACCUGCGCAGCCGACGAAUUUCCCUGAAGCAACAUGUAUCGGUGGAAGCGCUGGCAGCCGCGAGCUGUGGUAUGUCUGCCCCAUUUCCCUCCGUCUGACCCAUCUGAAUCCAACCCCCCUGCAGGAAUUCGGUAUCAACAUUAUCGGUGAAGACAACAAGACCAUCAUCCACCACAAAGUCGCUGCCCGCGUCAUGUGUGUAUUCACAGAUGAAGACGCACAUCUUGCUGCCCACGUAGAGGCCAUCCCAACAUCCGCCUCUCUUCCUCCCAACAUCCGCCUCUCUUCCUCCCAACAUCCGCCUCUCUUCCUCCCAACAUCCGCCUCUAUUCCUCCCAGCAUCCGCCUCUCUUCCUCCCAACAUCUAGGCGAACUCCAGAAGAGCCGUGACACUGGCGCAGAACUGCACUCCCUGAGUUCUUCAAUGAAUGACAUUCACAACACGCUCGGUGCCAGUGCCCCAAAACCUACCACACUUCCCCCAAUUGCUCCCUCCCAUGCAUUCACAACAAGCCUCGACCACCUCUGCACCCACACCCGCAUCUGCCGCGCCCGCAAACCCAGAACCCCUGCACCUCCCCCAGAGCACCCUGGCCUUUCUCCUUCGAGCUCGAGCCAUGCUGACUCAAGUCGUUGCCCACUCUUCGCAGAUGUGAAUGUCUUGAUCCUCCUUCGAGCUGCGCUCAGAGCUACAUGA